UUCCUAAAUUUUGCUCUUGCAGCUUGCAGUUUAUUCCGCAUGCCGUAUUGUUUAAAAAGUGAUUUUCCCACGUAUUUGUUAAAAUUUUAGUGCACAAACGGUAUUCACAAGCUACCCAGAAUGGCGAAAUUUGACUUAACGGCAAAAAAUUGCCAAUAUUUGGACCGACAUCUAACUUUUCCGCUUCUGGAGUUUCUGCUGCAGAAAAAGAUUUAUGACCAAACUUCGCUUUUAAAAUUUAUCUUGGAAACGGUUAGCAAAACUAACAUGGUCGACUACACGAUGGAUAUUCGCGAACGAUUGAAUCUGGGAAACGAGCUUCCAGAAGAGCUGACCAAACGUAGGGCUAAUGUUUUGGUCAAAUUGAAAGAGCUACAGGCGGAAGUGGCCCCCCUUAUGAAGUGCAUGGAAGAACUAAAAAACCCGGACAUGAUGAAAGAUUCCAAAUCUAUUGUGCACGCUUUGCAACAGGAAUUUGACUUCAAAUACGAUGUUAUUAAGAGCGCUCAAAAAUUGGCUAAAUAUGUAUAUGAAUGCGGCAACUAUCGGGAUUCCAUUUCUUAUCUCUACAUCUGCUUGUUAGUAAUGGAACCAACUGACAAGAACUAUUUGAACGUAUUGUGGGGUAAAUUGGCUGCGGAAAUUCUUACCCUAAACUGGCCAACAGCUUUUGAGGAUUUAACCCGACUGCGUGAUUUUAUUGACGGUCAUAACUUUUCUCCAAUUGAAGUGCUUCAACAACGCACUUGGCUAAUUCACUGGAGUGUGCUGGUUUUCUUUAAUCACGCUAAGGGUCGUGACCUGAUUAUUGAAAUGUUCUUAUAUAAACAAUUGUAUUUAAAUGCAAUCCAGACAAUGUGUCCGCACAUUUUGCGUUAUUUGGCUACAGCUGUCAUCAUUAAUCGUGGCAGAAGAAAUGCGCUCAAGGAUUUGAUUAAAAUCAUCCAGCAGGAAUCGUACACUUAUCGCGAUCCAAUUACCGAGUUUUUGGAACAUCUUUAUGUGAAUUUUGAUUUUGAAGGUGCCCGUAUGAAACUUCAUGAAUGUCAAACCGUUAUUGUAAAUGAUUUCUUCAUUAUUGGUUGUCUACAAGAGUUCAUCGAAAAUGCGCGAUUAAUGAUAUUUGAAACUUUCUGUCGGAUCCACCAAUGUAUCACUAUUGGAAUGCUGGCGGACAAGCUGAACAUGGAACCAGCAGAAGCAGAAUGCUGGAUCGUCAAUCUUAUACGUAAUGCUCGUUUGGAUGCUAAAAUCGAUUCUAAACUUGGCCAUGUUGUGAUGGGUACACAACCUCUCUCUCCUUAUCAACAAUUAGUGGAGAAAAUCGACUCACUUUCUGUACGUUCCGAGGCGCUGACUGUAUUGGUCGAACGCAAACAAAAGGCUAAGACACAAGAGGCAGGCGAAGGUAAUUGGAAAUAUUAUUAAUAGAAUCGUGUGUAAAACUUGAAAGUGAUCUAUCAGAAAGUAGUAGAUAGAAAUCAACAAUACUGCAGGUAUAAUAAGUUCAAGUUCGAUAAAGAAAGAUAAUUGAAAUAUGGAAAAUAUUUGGAUAAUAUACGAAAGAUCCAGCAUAAAAAGUCGAAUCUUAAAAU